CCCGCUUUCUUAGAGAGAGGAGGAGGAGGAAGGAGAGGGUGGGGCCGGGCCGUGUCUGGGCGCAUUGUUCCGCGCUCCUCUGCCAAGAAGUAGGUGACUAUGAACUCAUCCUUCGCUCCUCGCAGAAAGUUUGCCGCCUUCCCCCCCUGCUCCCCUCCCCUCCCGCCCGCUGGCGCGGCAGGAGGCAGCUCGCAGCCCGGCGCUGGCCCCGGAGUCCCCGCUCCUGCUUAAUAUUCCGCCCGCUCCGCCGAUGUUGUGCUUGGCUCCGGUGGGACCGCAACUCACGGCGUGAAACCGGAGCCAAUUUUCUGUCUUAGUCUCGCAGUGUUUUGACUGGAGGCAGAUCCAGUUCAGUCCGAUCGGGGCUAGUGGAAACAACUACCUAAGUCUCCGCUGUCUGUAUCGUUUGGGAGGGAAGAAAGAAGAAAGGAACGCGAUCCCGGACUGCUGGGCGCGCUCUCUCUCUCUCUCUCACACACACACACACGCACACACACACACGCACCGCAGACACACGCACCCAGACAGGCAGACUCGCACCCCGCCGGUGCCGAGCGCGCCGUGCCACCGCCGCCGGGAGGAAAUGGGAAGCCAGUGAGCGGAUCCGUGCCGGUGCCGGCGCCCGCGAUGACCCUGGUGCUGCCCAUGCAGCGGCUGGGCCGCCCCAUCGCCGCCGAGGGAGCCGCCGACCUCGCCGCCUACCGCGCCCUCUGGGAGCCGCCCUGCUGCGGCCGCCCCGGCCCCGCCACCCCGCCGGCCCCGGCCCCGGCCCCGGCCCCGCCGGCCCCCGGGCCCCCCGCCGCAGGAUCACAUUACAGGGGAAUUUCAAAUCCUGUAACAACAUCCAAGAUCACAUACUUUAAAAGGAAAUAUGUGGAAGAAGAGGAUUUUCAUCCGCCACUCAGCAGCUGUACACAUAAAACAAUCUCCGUGUUUGAGGAGCGGGCCCAUAUUCUCUACAUGUCUUUGGAAAAGCUGAAAUUCAUUGAUGAUCCUGAAGUCUACCUGCGCAGAUCCGUCCUCAUCAACAAUCUCAUGAAGAGAAUCCAUGGAGAGAUCAUCAUGCAGAACAACUGGUGCUUCUCCACCUGCUCCUUCAGUGGCGCCUCCCCACAAGAGUGGUUUGUGCCUCAGGACUGUCCAUACAGAAAACGCCUUCGGAUGGCAAAGGAGGAGUACGAGAAGCUCCACAUGUGCUGCUUCUAUCAAGAAUGUGGCAGUCACUAUUUAAACCUACCCUACUCUGUUAAUGCUAGUACAGAAAGUAAUUCCUCUUCUUCUUCUUCUUCUUCUUCCUCCUCCUCCUCCUCCUCCUCCUCCUCCUCCUCCUCCUCUUCCUCCUCUUCCUCCUCCUCCCCUCCCAUCUCUUUGCCAAGCUGUUCCCAGCAGGUGGAUUAUGAAGUUGGCAGCGCACCUUCUUACAGAAAUGAUGACCAGAUACCUGCUAAUGAAAUAUUCAUCACUAAUGGCAGGUCUCACAGUAAUCAGGAAAAGGCAAAAUUUAAUGACAAGAAUGGAAGUAAUGAACCUGAAAGAGAAAGCAUCGCCCUAAACUGUGAACCUGUAAGAGGCACCCAUGCUCUUGAAUGUAAAGGCAAAUUUUAUGACUAUUUUGAGACUGGAUGUAAUGACAAGAGCAACGUAAGUGAAUCUUGGAAAAAAUCCUUAAGGAAAAAGGAAUCUUUACCAAGUAAUAAAAUCUGCUGCAACAAAGGAAGUAAAAUAUGAGGCAUCUUUCUUGCUCCAUUGAAGCAUGCACAGCAUGUUACUUCUCUAUCAAAUUUUUAUUUUGAACGGAUUUUUUAUAGUUUUCUACGAAUGGUACAAUCAUGCCACAAACGUGACGUGUAGAGUGGAGAGCAGAUUGCGUAAAGUGUCUCUGCCACCCGCAUCAGCAGCUAUUUAUAAACAUGGAGACUUCAGAAAGAACACAGUUGCAUUACUGCUGAGCACUGUAGUCUGUGCAGCCAUGGUGGAGCUUUCGUUGCUGAAAAUGCCAAUCAGCCAGAUGGGGAAAACAUAUCGUUUUACAUAUCCCCGCCCCCAAGAAGUCUGCCAUUAAUUAAGAAGAACCUCCAUCCAUUAUGUUUACCAAGGAAUUAGAAGUCUGGUAAACAAACUGAUGCUACCAGCAAGGAUGAUAUGCUCCUUGUAACUCAGUAUUCAUUCUGACAAAGGACUGUCUUCAUGGAUUGGGAAUAAACCAUCCUUACGUUUUGUAGUGAUACUCUUGAAUUCCUGUAUUCGGCGUCUUGAUCAACUGACAAAAUAGGACAUAGCAUAAAGAAAUAACCUGUUUAUGGAAUCUUAAUCAGAAUCAAACAUGCAGCUCAAGUACUUGCAUGUUUUCACCUCGGCUGUAAUAACUAAUGAGGUUUGUUGUUACACAGAGCAGGUUUUUUUUUGGUGCCUUACUUUUUGUCUUAAUUUUUGCCAGUGUGAAAAUUAAGUAUGAAUCUGAUACAGCAGGGAUUUAACCUAAACAGAGAUUAAAAAAGAAACCCACAGGGUGGAUCAAUAUUAUUAGAAACCUUUAACCUUUGAAGUACUGAGUUCAACUUCCUAUUCAAACAUCUCUGUUCCUCCUUUUUGAUGCUCAAUUGCUUUUUGAUUUGCCAUCCUUAGGAAGGGAUUUAAGAAACAAUAGAGAGAUGUCUCUUGUAAACAAGCAUUCGAUGCUUGAGUGUUUCUAUGGCAACUGUCUGUUGCUGGGGCUCUUUUUUUUUCUUCUUCGUAUAAUGAAGUUCAUGACCCAGUGGCAUGUUUUAUACUUUAUUCUGUUUCACAUAAUUUCUCUAUUUUAGAUUGAAAAAGCAUGCGGGAGUUUUCUAUGACUUUUGCCGUUGAUUUAAAAAAACAAGAAGGCAAAAAGCACAAUGUUAAUUAAUAAUGUGGCGAUAAACGCAGUUUUAUCUGAAUGAAUGUAAGGGGUUUAAUUUUAAAAAAGAACAUUUUGGAGAUUUCAGUGGCUGAGGACAACAUUUAGCCAUCCCUAGGCAGAUUGAUUGCAAAAGUGUGCUGUGUAAAAUGCCCAGAAGACAUUAGUUGGGGUUGGACCAAGAGUGAGUCUUAGAUUCACCAAAUUAAUUAGUUCCCACAGUCCCCAUAACAACUGGCAGGAUGUGCUCAGCAAAAUAGCCACAUCCAGGCCACAGCUGACUCAUAAAUAGCUGCCUGUUCCCACAGCAUCUUGCACUCAAGUGGCAUCUCCGCUUGCUUCUUGCCCAAAGGGUGAAAAUCACCUCUGUGAUGGGGGAGCAGCCAGCUCAGGGCAGGGCAUGAGUGUCCCAAGGGGACACAGCCCCAGGCUUGGCACUGGAGUCAGACAGGUUCCUGGGUCUGAGACCUCCUGCUUUGGGUUUCAUGGGUUCAGCUGGAGGAGUCCUGGGCCACGGUUAUUUUGGGUAGCAAAAUACAUUUGCAAACUGUAUGGUCUUUUUCAGAAAGCCCAGAGGUCACAGGGAAAAGCUACCCCCCAGCCAAGGUGACUACAAACACAGCAGGAUUUAAAUCAAUGAUAACCUUUAUGAAGUCAGGUGAGUUUAAACUGAUAAGUUUGUAAGGGUUAUCAUUGGAAAAAAUGACAAAUAAAGAAAGUACAAGUCCCACCUGAUUUCUCCAAGACAGAAGCUUUUUUAUUAAUAAUAAUAAUAUUAAAUAUAGAUCUCAUUCAUACAGUGUAUGAGUAGGAUCAUCAUUUAGACAUUUGUCCACAAGGACCAAUUUUUUAAAAAACCUGAUUUUUCUUGUGUUAUAUCCAGAUAGUCUAGUAAUGUCUGCUCUUUUCCAAUAUUUGAUAAACGCUUGAUGUUUUAAGCUUAAAUAUUAGAUGCUUGUAUACUAACGUGUUGUUGUAGUAAAGUGAAAUUUCCUUGAUAUAUAUUUAUUAAAAUGACCAAAAUUCA